UCAUUAGAGAACCAUAUUACCAUCUCUACUUAUAAAGGGGGAUUGUCUUGGAACUAACUGUAUUUCUUAUUUUCCAUUAGUAUCACUGUUUCCUUCUCUUGCCCUUACAAUUCACAAUGACCUCCCUUUUCAUUUUCAAAUCAUUAAUAUUCUUCCAGUUUCUACUUGUUUCAGCUCAAGAUCAUGAAACAUGUCCAACUGCUUUUAGUUGUGGAUAUCUUGGCCAGAUCACUUUUCCUUUCACAGUCCCACAACGCCCUCACUGUGGCGCUUUGGCCAUACAUAACUGUGAGAAUGCAACUGCUCCCAAAACCAUCCAACUAGGCAGUCCACCAUCAAAACAGUUUUUUACUGUUCCAUACGUGGAAGGUGAUACCAUCACAGUCAGGGAAAAUGAAGCUCAACGGAAGACUUUGCGAUCCAAAAAUUGUCAAGCCAUUCGCAAUUUUCCUGUUCCUCCCACUUCUCCUUUAGCUUCUUUCUACAUCAAAUAUAAUAUAACUAUGUUCAAAUGCAAUCACUCCCUUAGUGUAAUCCCUCCCAAAUCAUUUCAAAACUACAAAAACUGUUCCGGUUAUAAUAUCUACUAUUAUUACCUUCAAAACUCUAGUGGUAAUUUCACAGUGCCAAGUUCUUUGGCACGGUGUAAAGUGUAUCAGGUUGCAAUAAGAGACAGCCCUUCUGAUGACCUCUUUGAUUUUCUAUCUGCUGAAAUCCAAAUUAAAGUACAAUUAUCUGAUGAUUGCAACAAGUGUCUUCGCCACCAAGGAGGCCGAUGUCAACUUGACAUUCACAAAAAUUUCUACUGUGUCAAAGAGGAUAAAAGAUUGGCUUGGAAGUUAGGAAUUGGCAUUGGACUCCUUGUCGUUAUUAUAACUGGAUUGCUGAUUACAUGGAGCUGGAAACAACGCGUUCCUAAUUUCUACAACAAAUACACAGAGAGUGACAGUAUCUACAAUGGGGUGCCAGUUUUUUCCUUUAAGGAUCUUGAAGUAGCAACAAAAAAAUUUGACAGUUCAAGAGAACUCGGAGAAGGAGGAUUUGGGACUGUUUAUUAUGGAAAACUAAAAGAUGGACGUGAAGUUGCUGUGAAGCGCCUAUACCAGCACAACUUCAAACGAGUUGAACAGUUCAUGAAUGAAAUCAAAAUCCUCACUCGCUUGCACCACAAAAAUCUAGUUACUCUUUAUGGAUGCACUUCACAUCACAGUCAUGAACUACUGCUUGUAUACGAAUACAUUUCAAAUGGAACUGUCGCCAGUCAUCUGCGUGGUGAAUCUGGUUUUUUGCCGUGGCAUAUCCGAAUGAAAGUUGCCUUAGAGACUGCUACUGCUUUGGCAUAUCUCCAUGCUUCUGAAAUCAUUCACCGUGAUGUGAAAACAAACAACAUUCUCCUUGACGAUACCUUUUGCAUUAAAGUUGCAGAUUUUGGACUGUCAAAACUGUUCCCAAAUGAUGUCACACACGUCUCCACGGCUCCACAAGGAACCCCGGGCUAUGUGGAUCCGGAAUAUCAUCAGUGCUACAGGCUUACAAGCAAGAGUGAUGUUUACAGUUUUGGGGUUGUGCUUGUUGAGCUGAUAUCAUCUAUGCCGGCAGUUGAUAUGAGUAGAGAUAAGGAGGAGAUAAACUUAGCAAAUCUAGCCAUAAGGAAGAUUCAAAAAAGUGCAAUCAGUGAACUGGUGGAUCCUUCCCUUGGUUUUGAGUCAGAUAGUGACGUUAAAAGAAAAAUAGUUUCAAUAGCAGAACUGGCUUUUCAGUGUUUGCAAUGGGAUAAGGAAUUGAGGCCUUCCAUGAAUGAGGUUUUGGAGGCACUGAGAAGAAUUGAUAGUGGGAGUGCGACGGAUGAGUUUAGAUAUUUAGAGGAAGCAAUAGCUCAUGGAGCAGAGAUAUCAUGUAUCAAUGUACAUUCACUGUCACCGUCUUCAUCCAACCAUAAUGAGGUGAAAUUGUCGAAGAAUAAAAAGUUAACACCUUGUCCUAAGGGUGUGACAGAUAAAUGGAAUAGUGAUUCCACUACUCCUUAUGUUAGUGCUCAAUCGGCAAGCCAAAUGUAAUAUGAUCUUUUAUAUUUCCGAAGAUAAUGAUAAAUAUUUCAUCAA